UUUAAAUGGAAACUUAUUCAUAAAUAAUUUGUUCAUAUUUUUUAGAAGUCAGACGCGCGUUCGUUAUUAUCUGUUAUCAUCGCUGUAUGUGUAACAAAAAAGAGACAUUAUGUGAUAUUUACAAUCUGGUAAAAUAAACUUAUCAAAUUAUAAUAUAAUAAAAUUAUUAGUACUUCACAAAUACAUUGCUUCAUGAGGCAAACUUUUCUAUGGUUCCUUUUUCUUGAAAUUUGUUUGUCAUAAAUUUUGGUACAAUAAAAAGAUUAGUAAUAGUAUAAUUAAAGAUUUACUGUGAUUUUUAAUAUCGUUAAAUUUAAAAACAAAGAAGAUAAUAUAACAAAGCCAAUUAUAUUAGUACAAAAAUAAUGGAAAAUAAGUAUCUUAUAUUUGGUAAUUAAUAAAUUAUUAGCUUUUGUAUCCAUUCCAUCAAGUUUUUUAGCAAAAUUUAGAUUGAGUUAAAAUAAACAGCAUUACUAAAAUUUAAAAAAUAAAAGUAUCGAAAAUAAUGUAAAUAAAUACAUAGGAUAUAUAAUGACCCAUGAAAGUUACAGGUAGAUAAAUAAUUUCGUGCGAAUAAGUCAGUAAGAAUCAGGCAGAUCAACAUUUUAUAAAUAACUAUUGUCGUGCUAUCAUCGCUGUACGUGUAACAAACCAAGAGACAACCAUUUACGAUUUGACGCUUAAUAUUUAUAGCAUAAAAAUAUUUAUAACAAAAACCGAAUAGAAAAGAUUGGAUAAAAUAAGUCACAAUCUCGAAUAUUACUUAAGUUUAAGGAGAAAAAUUUUAAACACCCACGUCCACGAUGCAUAUAUUUAGUUUAAUGCGAAUCUUAAAACGAAUUUUAUGUUAUUGGUUACCAAUUUUUGUAGUUCUUCUUGUUGUUUUUAUCUCAAGCAUAUCAGUCUUAUUAGAAGCAAGUAAUGAAACGAAUAUGAUAUUCAAUAUAGAAAAUGACAAUCAGACUUCUAAUAAGUCAAAUGAUGAUAUAGAAGAUACAAGUAAAAAAGAUGAAUCACACGAUUCCAAUAACAAGUUGCAAGUUGCCUUGAUUAUUACAUUUAGUUUACUGAUUGUAAUACUCUUCAUAUUAAGCUGCAUAUACAUAUAUUACCCACAUCUCUUUGGCCGUCGUCCUAGAGUAAUGGAUGCCCCGCAAAGAGUAAUGAAUGCCCUGAAUAGAAUAAUGAAUGUCCUGCCUGCACAUGCCGUGCCGCUUGCAAACGGAAGAGUUGUUAUACCUGCAAAUGAUGUGCAACAGCAACAGAAUAGAGUAAUGAAUGUCCAGCCUGCACAUGCCGUGCCGCUUGCAAACGGAAGAGUUGUUAUACCUGCAAAUGAUGUGCAACAGCAACAGAAUAGAGUAAUGAAUGUCCAGCCUGCACAUGCCGUGCCGCUUGCAAAUGGAAGAGUUGUUAUACCUGCAAAUGAUGUGCAACAGCAACAGAAUAGAGUAAUGAAUGUCCAGCCUGCACAUGCCGUGCUGCUUGCAAACGGAAGAGUUGUUAUACCUGCAAAUGAUGUGCAACAGCAACAGAAUAGAGUAAUGAAUGUCCAGCCACUUGCCGUGCCGCUUGCAAACGGAAGAGUUGUUAUACCUGCAAAUGAUGUGCAACAGCAACAGCCUCCAGUAGAGAACUAAUUACAUAUACGUAUGUUAACAUUGGUGUUUUGCUGUUAAUUGUAAGAUUUACUUAUAUAUAAUAUUGAUAAAGUUUCAUAAGUAUAUUAUUAAGCCCGAAUCUCAAUUUUGUUCUGAUGCAUACGCGGCUACACAAGUAAUUUUUAAGUUAGAGUUAGAAAAUAUUUUAAUAAUUGUAUAAUGGAAAAUUUCGAUCAGAAAAGCAUACAAGUAAUUUAUUUACAUUUAAUUCUUAAAAACUUGAAAGCCGUAUUAACAAUUAUAAAUUUAAUAAUUAAACAUAUAC